AAUUUAUGUAAUAAUAUGCGCAUGCGCGUACAAAAUGGCGGACGCAGUUCAAGACGUAAAGCCAGACGCAGAUCAUAUUAAUCUAAGAGUGAUAGCACAGGAUAACAGCGAGGUUCACUUCAAGAUUCGUAAAACUACUCAAAUGCGGAAGCUGAAGCAAGCAUACUGCGAUAGACAGGGUUUGCAACUGAAUUCCGUUCGCUUUCUGUUCGAUGGUUCACGGUUGGAGGAUGACUCCACACCAAAACAGCUUGAGAUGGAGGACGAUGAUGUUAUUGAAGUGAUGCAGGAGCAAACAGGAGGAGACAGCUGAGUUUGACAAGUGCUAUGCUACCGACUUACAUGUUGACUGCAGUGGUACACUGCUUCUAAAUGCAUGUUAUUUGAUUAGAUUUGCUGUUUUGUGACAUAGAAAUCUCGGUCGUCUCAUCUAUACACCUCAUACAUAUAUAUGUACCACACUCGAAUGCCUAUUGUUGUGUCGCCCUGCCAUGGCAUGUGU